AUGGUACAGUACGACUUGCCGGACAACCGUAAAAACUCUGGACAGUUUGUGGACGUUGCAAAAGAGCAAGUGCAGGGACUAAUACAGAUGUACCAUCCUGGCGCCGGUGAAAUCGGACAGGUGUUGCGUAGAAAAAUGCAACUGGACUGGCACAGUGUUAGCGAAGGAUUUAACACCAACAUCAACUUUGCAACAGAUGGAGACUUCCAGCGACAGUUCCAGGACCUAUGUAACAGGAUCACUACCAAGUGGCCGCUCCAAUCAGACUGGAAUAAAAUCCACAAUUGCAAACAUGGUCUUGAAGAAAGUUGGGAUGACUAUUAUGCCCGACUGCUAAAGUGCUACAGUGAUCACAGUGGUAUGAGAGAUGACCAGGACCAGUACUCAGAGUUGCCCCACACCAGACACCAGUUAACGCUCCAAGGCUGUGAUGAUGAGCUCAUGGCAUACUGUGUCGCUCUUAACGAUGUGCUUAAGAAUCUCUUUUCUAGGAUAAGAGUUGCCCUGCCCGGCCAAACAGAAGGACCUGGACACAACGUCCACCCCGGUGAUUGGGUGGUGAUCAAGGACCUUCGGAGGAAGUACUGGCACCAACAGCGCUGGACUGGACCAUUCCAAGAAGACUACAUGGUGCUUGUGAACAUAUAUGUCAUGAGUGCUGUUAGAAAUACAAUUGUGAUGGGCUGGCUGGCAUUUAUGUUUUUGAUUUGGGAUGUCUCUUGCCAACAAUUUAAACAAGCUAGGGCACCAUUGCUACAACACAAAUGCAUUGUGGUCUGCAAUACUCCCACUAAGUCAUGCAGACUCUGUUUUAAAGUUGAUCUGGACCUUAGUGUUUUGGCAAACUCAAAUGAAACCCUGAGUGGACCCAAUGUUACAAUAUUUUAUCACACUCACUGCCCUCAGCACCUGAACAAGACCAGGACUGACAUUGACAAAUUCAUACAAUUUAAGGACUUCAAAGGCUUGGGGGUUAUCGACUGGAGACCUCAGUGGUUUAGGAAUUGGGGAUCAAAAGAUAUCUUCAGGGAAGGCUCCCGAGAUUUAAAAAAAAAACAAAAAACACAUUGGCCAAAUAGAAAAUUUGAGAAAGAAGCUAAAGAGUUUGAAAAUUCACAUUUUACGAAUGAAACGAUUUUAUUAGCAGAGAGUCAGAGGAAUAAUGGGCUUUGAGGUUUCUAUCUCUUCCCAGAUUGUCACAACUAUGAAUACAAACAGCACCCACACAACUAUACAGGUGAAUGUCCAAAUAUUGAGCAUGUACGCAUUGACCACUUGCUUCGGAACUGGAAAGGAAGCACUGCCCUCAACCCUUCUAUAUUCCUGGAUUAUGAACUGAAAUCAACUUCCAACACUGUAAUUGUCCAUUAAAGUAACAAAGAAGCCAUGAGAAUUGUGUCUGUUGCAAGGAAUUACUUCAUGCUGCCAGUCUUCGUUUGCUCAAAACAAUUUUAUGCCUAUACAUUUCAGGUUUUAUCUGAGAUAGACUUAGUCCAUACUACUGGCGAGAGUGCAGCUUUUGUGUCUUCAGAAUAUGGACGAUCUAAGAGUAACUGUCUAGUGGUAAAGAAGCAUACUGAUGGACCCCUGGGGCUCUACAUUAUAAAAGUGACAUUGGCAGCCAAGGCCGCUUUAAGAAUAUUGGCAAAUUUAUCCAGAAAAGCCUGGACUCUGGUGCCUACCUACACUUAA